CUCAAAUAAAACAUAUUUAAUUGAUUAUUUGUUUUCAAUACUAAUUGAGAAUCUAUACUACUGCAACCUUUAGUUGACAUUAACGACAAAUCUCUUUGCACUACUAAUGCGGUUAAUUACUCAUCAUUCUGUUUGUGUUUGCAUGUAUCAUGUUAUUGUUGAGAAUGUUUUCAUUGAUAUGUAUUCGUUCACUUGCCGCACUGACAAUUUCUUUUUUUUUUUAAAGAAUGUUGCACUAGCUUUAAUAUUGUUUAUAUUGUAUACGUUCAAAACAAUCAAGAAAUGGUAUGUAAUUUGUCUGUUGCCUCCUCCUGCCCACCCCCAGUAUUAUUCCAAACAUUAUCAGUAAAACAAUACUCUUAGUCGAAGAUGAAUUUAUAUUACCCCAGUGAAUAAUUAAGAUGAAUAGUCUUUGUACAGAAAUACACAUACUUUUGUUGUAAGAGUACAUUUACUGAAUCUAAAUGAAAUACUACUACUAUUGCAUUUAUCAAUUAAUUCAUUCAUCAUUGCGUACUAUGGUGGCUUAUUAUUGUGUAUACGUAUCAUACGUUUGGUUGUUGCAUUUUCUUUUAACUAAAGAAUGAGAAACUAUGUGCUGAUUAUAGUACAGUGUAAUUCUAAAGGAGUUGUUAAAUAUGUAUCUGUCUCAUGUAUCGUAAUUAUGAAAAGAAUAAGUUAAGGUAUAUUUGUAAAAUCUAGAAAUUCAUGAUAUAUUGUAAAGAACCAUCGAAAAUUAUAUUCACCUCAAUCAGUUGUGUGAAUAAAGACAUCGACUAGAGGUCAGUAAAAUAUGUGCAACUGCUUCAUUUCAUCCUGUGACUCAGUUAAGGUACAAUCAUUCACAAUUUACCAUUUUGGAGGUGAACCAAUAGGUAAGUUAGUCUUCUAACAACUUCAAAUUUUAAUCAAUUCAUGAUACCACUCAUUUAAGCAGAAUAAUUAAAAACAAAGAUACGAGAAUGUACAUAGUAAAAAUAAAAUAACUGAGGAACAGUAUUACUGUCAAGAAAUAAACUGAAUUCAUUUUCGUUACUGUCUUCGAUCUCGAACUGUAUGACUUGAAGUCUUUAGUUAUUUAUCAGAGUUUUCUUCUAAACUGUGAUGGGAGGCCAUGGAUCUAGCAGCAAAACUUGUACCGCUAGUGGAUAAAUAGACUGUUUUGGAAGCUUACUACGGUACUUGAUAAACAGAAUAGUACAAUUUACAGGUUAAUAGCGUUGUACCCAUAGCAUGUAUCCCAUCCUUAAUUGUUGAUAGUUUACAAAUUCAUUGGCUAGUUUCUUCUCAUUAUCUAGUCUUGCCUGGGUCCAGUUGUCAGUAAAACUCAUCUCCCUCAUCUGAAAUCUAUUAUUAUGGUUUUAUCACUCUUCUAUCAACCUGCAUAGCACAAUAAAGUACCAUGAGCUAACCCAAACCACAUUUUUCUAAAUAAAUUGGUGCAGGAUUACCAUAUCUCGUUUUAUUACCAUAUAUUAUCUUCCCAAUUUUAAUUCAAAUGUUAGUAAGUUGAGUCUGAGGACCUGAAACUCAUUUGUACUAGUGCCUGUUGUAUAAUAAAUACUGUUACAAGACACACAUUAAAGCAGAAGUUGAGUUAAUUUGUGACCCAUACAUCAGAUAUCUGUUACUACCAAGGACAGGGAAUCUAAUAGUAUUAUUCUCUGGCGAAUAAUAUUUAUUAUAAUACCUGUCCUCUGGGAAUUAAGAGAAUAAGCUAGUUUGUAGUUUAUCUUAGGUACUACACUGUUUCAAGGAAGUUAUUGUAUUACAGACUUUUCUAACAUCUACUAUUGUCACUUGUCCAAAUGAUCAUAUUUGUUAAUCUAUAGUUGUUAGUGACAAGUUAUGUUAUUUUAAUCUACUUUAAGUUUUUGUUUUAUUUUUCUCUUCAACUUUGUUAAAUGAUUUGAGAUUUUGCCUCUGUAUAUCCUUCAUAAGAAUAAGAACACAUACAUUUGAUUUAUAGAUAUAUUAUUAUCAAUAAUCUUUAUGUGUGUUUCAAGACAGUGGUUACUAUAAUUAACCUAAUAGUAAUGAGAAGUAACGUACUCUAUUUUCCGGUACAUGUUUCUGUAACAAAUAGUUUUUUUCAUGUACAUUUGAGGUACUUGUAAUGCCGAGUUAUGUUACCACUGUUAGUUUGAAAUAUAUAUAGUGGUUCUUGAACAUCUAGGAAAUAGUAGCGAUGUUAUUAUCACGUAUCCCUUGCGGGUUAUUUUGUUAUGACUUCUGUGUGAUUGUUCAACACGAUAGCAGUCUACAUUUCUCAGUUCCAUCAUUACUUAAUAUCUUUAUUGUAUGUUCUGAAAGCCUUGUUGAACUUGGUUUGCUUCCAUUCUCACGGAUCUUUGAUAGCUGGGGCUUCUAUCGAUAUAAGCAUCAAGAAGCUACCAAUUCUAUGGUAUAUUUAAAAAUAAUCGUUUGUACUUAGUGCAAUCAAGGUAUUCUGUAAUUGGAAAAACCUUUGUUCACUUGUUCGCGCCUCCAAUAUUCACAAGUAGAAUAAAAAUCUACUUUCCAUUAACAUAAUUAACUGAAUAUUUACUAAUCCAUUUAUGACCUCUCUCUAGCCAAAUAGAAAUACCAGCUGUUAGACUUUCUUACAGGUUGAUCCAAGUUAUGUAUCGUUUCCUUUUUAAUAUUUUAUUUCGUCUCAUUACAGUAAAUAUGUCAACGGAACAAAUAAUACAAAAUGAAAGUGACUUACCUCCUCCAUACUAUCAAAUAAAUCACGAAUGUAUUCGUCGUUACAAACGUAGAACUCAUUGUGCUUACUUCACAUUAAUUAUAUCAGGCAUUGUAAUGAUGCUAUUCGGUGCUCUUAUUCUCAUGAUUUUGAUACCACAAGAAAUCAAUUUAUAUCGAUGGAAUAUAAAAGGACCAUUAUCAAGAUUUUUCAAUCACGACAAAACUGUUUUACUAAUUAGUAUGGAUGGAUUUCGUCAUGAUUAUAUAGAAUUGACUAAAACUCAUCUGGGCUCUAAUGCAUUACCGAAUUUCGAUCGUCUAAUAUCGGAAGGUGUACGAGCUAUGGAAUCGAUCAAUGUUUAUCCUACAAUUACUCUACCUAAUCAUCGUACAUUAAUUACCGGUUUGUAUCCUGAAAAUCAUGGAGUUGUUGGGAAUAGUCUACUGGAUAAGAAAUGGCCAAAUAAAACUUUCAGUAUAUAUGAUCAGGAAAGCCUAAAUCAUGCUCCGUGGUUAACUGAUUGGCCUGAACCUAUAUGGGUUACAUUGCAAAAAAAUGGUGGCUAUACUGGUUCACUUUUAUGGCCUUUAACUGAUCAGUUUGUUAGCGAUGAUUUACCAUUUCAACGAGUUUCACAAUAUGCUUUACUUAAUGACUAUGAACACCGUUAUGCGUAUGACCAACGAAUCAGAGAUAUAUUAUGGUGGUUGAAAAAUCCUAGAUAUCAUUUAAAUUUAAUUUUAGCUUAUUUUGAAGAACCUGAUGAAACUGGUCAUUCAUACGGUCCAAAUAGUAAACAUGUUGCAAAAGUUGUUCAAACCUUAGAUGAAACACUUGGUCAUCUAUUAGACGGUAUCAAAAAACGUGGUCUUUCUGAUAAAGUAGAUAUUAUUCUAACUGCUGAUCAUGGUAUGUCUGAAACAUCAAAUACUCGUCUUAUUCCGUUGGACAAAUAUAUUGAUCAUUCUUCGUACAAUUAUACUCAAUUAUCAACUAUGGGAUUCCUUUAUCCUGCACCUGGGAAAUUUGAAGAAGUGUACAAACGUCUAAAAAAUGCGCAUCCAAAAUUAGAUGUGUAUCGAAGAGAUGAAGUUCCUACCUAUCUGAAUUUCAAUAUAACCAACUCUCGUAUGCCUCCAUUGAUACUUAUUGCUAAGCCAAGUUGGAAAAUUGUAAAGAACACUUCACAUCCUUACGCCAAUGUUUCUGGUGAUCAUGGUUAUGCAACAGAUUUCUCUGAAAUGUAUCCAUUCUUCAUUGCAAGUGGUCCUUCUUUCAAGAUUGCUGAGAGCGUUCCUACUGUGCAUGCUGUAGACGUUUAUCCACUAAUGUGUGCAUUAUUAAAUAUUGAACCAAAUCCAAACAAUGGCAGCCUAGAACGUAUUUCAAACAUACUGAAACCUGAUGUUGCCAAUCGCCUUUUGAAUUUGAAUAGUUGGUCAUAUUUAUGGAAAUGGAUCAUAUUUGAUUUGAGAUUUAUUUUAUUUAUUUCAAUUAUAUGCGUUUCAUUUAUGAUUUUACUGUGUUCAAUUGUAGUUGUGAUGAAUCGUAAAGAAACCAAUGAACCAUUCAUUCGUCUACCCAUUGAUAAUGAUAAAGAGUUUUCAGAUUAUAAUACAUGA